CACUUUUCUUUAAUUUACUGUUACUAAAGCUUUAGUAACAGUAAAUUAAAGAAAAGUGAUAAUAGCAAAAUUUGUUUUAUAAUUUAUAAAAUUUUAAAUAACAUACAGAGACAAAUUAUUCUGUAAAUACCCAUCUGAAAACGAGUAUCAUGUACUAGAAAAUAUGAGUAAAAUGUCAUUUAUACCAGGAGUUUUGUGGAAAGGUUUUGAAAUUAUUUUAAUUAAAAAAAAGCUAUGAACAAGGAUUGCGACGCAUGAUUAGUGCAUGCUCUGAGUUUGUAGUUCAGAGCAGUAAUUUUGAAGAUUUGAACAGUUCAGAAGAAGAAUCUGCUCCUGUUAAAUUAAGCAGCUCUAAGAUUAAAGCAUCUUUGAAAGAUAUAUCUUCAUUUAAAGAGCAUAAUGAAUCCAUUGUUUCUUUUAAAGUAAAGAAAAGGAGAUCGUCAUGCCGUGAUGAAAAAUCUAAUGAUUCUUUGUCCUCAUCUCCUAAAAUAAAGAAAAUAUUGACCUCUAAAUGUAACCCAGCAAAACAAAACCAAAUGAUAAAGAAUUCCAGUAUAUCACAUGAAAACUCCAGGAAAAAUUUAAGCGAAGAUGAAAUAAAUAAAAAACAUCAUAGUAUUGAAAGCAGUGGAGAUAAAGAUAUUUCAAAAGAGUCUUUUGUUUCCUUUGAAGUAAGGAAAAAGCGAUCGUCGUGUUGUGAUGAAGAAUCUAAUGAUUCCUUGUCCUCAUCUCCGAAAAUAAAGAAAAUAUUGAUCUCUAAAUGUAAACCAGUAAAACUAAACCAAAUGAUAAAGAACUCCAGUAUAUCACAUGAAAACUCUAUGAAAAGUAUAAACGAAGAUAAAAUGAAUAAAAAAGGUAGUGCAAUAUGUUUCUUAGUUUUCUUUCUUACAUGUAAAUGUUAUUUUAAUAUUUUUUAAUGAAAUCAUUUCCAGAAUUUUGAUCAUUGCUUUCUCAGUAAAAUUCUGACAAUAUUUUUUUAGAUUUGGAUAAUUUGGAUUUAGUGAUACUAAAUCCAAAUUAUAAGUAUUGUCCUACAUGUGGCUGUGCAGCUAAAGGUCAUGCAUCGAAAGCUAAUCUGGAAUCUGCUAGGAGAAGUGUCGAAUGUCGUGUUAGAGGGGGGGCGAAAAUCACAAGAACGUUGUUUAGUCUUCACAAUUACACAGUUGAUAUUCAAAAGAUAAUGACCGAACAGACAAUUAACAAAUUACCAUUCAACCAUGUAGAAAGCUUCCUUGAUUUUGAUAAUAAAUUGAAGACUGAUUUAGUAAUGAUGCAAAAACUGAAAUGUUUUAUCAUGUUAAAUGUGAAAAGUACAUUAAAACUUUCGGAAAAUUUUUCUUUUAUAAUUCCUAAGAUUAUUUUACCAAAUAUCCAAGUGCUAUUCAGUGCUUUUGGGCGAGAAUCAAACGGUGUAAAAAAGUUAAAUUUCUCUGGUACAGAAACUUACAAAUAUUUGCUAGAAGUAGUUUCAAUGAAAUUUCCUGACAUAAAUGAAAAAGAAAUUUCAAGUCAAAUAAGUCGCUGGUUUUCAGGUGCAAAAGAUAGAGAUGGUGGAAAGAGAUACCGAUUAUUAAAAUAAAAAAAGUCGUGAAGAGCGAAAGGAUAUCGAAAAUGAAGACGAAAUUCUAUAAUUUUAUCUAUUUGUAAUAAUACAAAAAAAAAUUACUUAAAAAGUAUAAAUAAUAUAAUUUUUGUAAUAAAAGAUUGUCUUUUAAA